UUUUUUCCUUUUUUAUGACCGCUUGUAAGGAGAGGCCCAUGUGUCUUACAGGAUAUGUAACGCACCUUGAGGUUGCUGACCUCCGCGUAACAUGUGUCUGCUCCAAAGCCACGGCACAUAGCCACGAGGAGCAGUUUUUUAAAAGGGGAAAGAGCUGAAGGGAACCUGCGGUGUGAGCGUGGGCUACUAUGGAAAAAGUCAGCAAAGAUGCCAAGACGAACCCGGCUGCCACGGCGAACUUUUUGUCCAAGAUAUUUUUCUGGUGGCUGAAUCCUUUGUUCCGGGCGGGUUACAAACGUAGGCUGGAGGAAGAUGAUAUGUACCAAGUGCUUGCAGAGGACCGGUCGGAGAAACUGGGACAGGACCUGCAGAGAAUCUGGGAUCAUGAGGUCCAGAGGGCUACCAAAGAGCUGCGGAAGCCUCAACUCACCGGUGUCAUUGUUAAGUGUUACUGGAAAGCAUAUGCGGUGCUGGGGAUCUUUACACUAAUUGAGGAGACCAUUAAAGUCGUCCAGCCAAUCUUAUUGGGGAAGAUUAUUGAAUACUUUGAGAGUUAUGACCCAAAUAACACGAGGGCUUUCCAUGAGACCUUGGGCUAUGCAGCUGGAUUGUCUCUCUGCACCAUUGGCCUGGCAUUGAUGCAUCACCUCUACUUUUACUAUGUGCAGAGGGUAGGCAUGAAGAUCAGAGUGGCCAUGUGUCACAUGAUUUAUAAGAAGGCUCUGCAUCUGAGCAGUUCAGCCAUGGGAAAGACCACCACAGGCCAGAUCGUUAACCUCCUCUCCAAUGAUGUCAACAAGUUUGAUGAAGUGACAAUCUUUCUGCACUUCCUGUGGGUGGGACCGCUCCAGGCAGCUGCAGUCAUUGGGCUGCUGUGGUACGAGAUCGGUCCUUCAUGCUUGGGAGGCAUAGGGGUCCUCUUGAUUCUGAUGCCGGUCCAAAGCAUGUUCGGAAGACUUUUCUCCAAGUUCAGAAGUAAGACUGCUGCUCUGACAGACAGCAGAAUCCGCACAAUGAAUGAAGUGGUGUCUGGAAUGAGGAUCAUUAAGAUGUACGCUUGGGAAAAGCCCUUCGCUGCUCUGGUCUCUGAGGUCAGAAGAAAAGAGAUCUCCAAGAUCAUGAAGAGCUCCUACCUGCGAGGUCUCAACAUGGCUUCAUUUUUCUGCGCCAGCAAGCUCAUUCUCUUUGUCACAUUCACCCUCUAUGUCCUCCUGGGGAAUACCAUCUCAGCCAGCAGUGUAUUCGUGACGGUGUCUCUCUACAGUGCGGUGCGACUUACGGUGACGCUCUUCUUCCCUAGUGCUAUUGAAAAGCUGUUUGAGAGCCGUGUCAGCGUCCGCAGGAUUCAGGAGUUCUUGACACUGGAUGAGAUCAGGAAAAACACAGUUGGUCUGCCACAGGAUGAGAAGGAUGCUGCUGUGGAGAUUCAGGAUCUGACUUGCUACUGGGACAAGAGUUUAGAUGCUCCAUCUCUGCAGAGCAUCUCACUCACACUCAAUUCAAAUCAACUGUUGGCUGUAAUUGGACCGGUGGGAGCUGGAAAGUCAUCCCUGCUGAGCUCCAUCCUGGGCGAGCUUCCAGCUGAAAAAGGGGUGCUGAGAGUCAAAGGACAGUUGACCUACGCAGCCCAGCAGCCGUGGGUCUUCCCUGGAACAAUUCGCAGCAACAUCCUUUUUGGAAAAGAGCUGAACCCCCAGAAGUACGAGAGAGUCAUCAGAGCCUGUGCUCUAAAGAGGGACCUGGAGCUACUCCCAGAUGGAGACCAGACACUGAUUGGGGACAGAGGAGCUACACUCAGCGGAGGACAGAAAGCUCGUGUCAACCUGGCCAGGGCCGUGUAUCAGGAUGCAGACAUCUAUAUUCUGGAUGACCCACUCAGUGCUGUGGAUGCAGAGGUGGGGAGGCACCUCUUUGAACAAUGCAUCUGUGGCUUGCUGAAGAACAAGCUUCGCAUCCUGGUCACCCAUCAGCUGCAGUACCUGAAGGCAGCUGACCAGAUUGUUGUCCUCAAAGAGGGUCACAUGGUGGCAAAGGGAACUUACACGGAGCUUCAGCAGUCUGGAUUGGACUUCACCUCCCUUCUCAAGAAGGAGGAGGAAGAGGAGCAACAGCAGCCUCAUCAUGACACCCCCAUCAGAACUCGAACUCUGUCUCAAAAUUCAGUACUGUCCCAGACCUCCUCUGUCCAGUCCAUCAAAGAUGGAGACCAGUUACCGGCAGAGCCAGUUCAGACAUUCGCAGAGGAGAAUCGAGCUCAGGGAACCAUUGGAAUGCGCAUCUAUGCCAAGUAUCUGACAGCUGGGGCCAACAUUGUGGUUCUGCUGGCUGUCGUGCUGCUUAACAUCAUGGCUCAGGUAGCAUACAUCAUGCAAGACUGGUGGCUAGCUUACUGGGCUGAUGAGCAAGAAAAACUAAUGGCCAGCAGUAACAUGACCAACAACACAGAGAAUGGACUAAAUGUCACCAAAGAGCUGGACAUGGAUUUUUACCUGGGAAUUUAUGGAGGUUUGACUGCAGCCACCAUAAUCUUUGGCUUUGGCAGGAAUUUGCUGCUGUUCAGUGUGCUAGUGAGGUGUUCACAGUCUCUGCACAACCGCAUGUUUAGUGCUAUACUCCAAACACCCGUGCGCUUCUUUGACAUCAAUCCGAUUGGAAGAGUAUUGAACAGAUUUUCAAAGGACAUUGGGCUGCUGGACUCCAACAUGCCAGUGACGUUUGCGGACUUCGUUCAGAUCUUCCUCCAGAUACUUGGGGUCAUUGCUGUUGCAGCGUCGGUGAUUCCCUGGAUCCUUAUCCCCGUUGUCCCCCUCCUUCUCAUCUUUCUUUAUCUGCGUCGCUACUUUCUGCGGACCUCCAGAAAUGUUAAACGGCUCGAGUCCACCACUCGGAGUCCAGUCUUCUCCCACUUGUCCUCUUCUCUUCAGGGCCUUUGGACAAUCCGAGCCUUUGGAGAAGAGGAGCGCUUCCAGAAAGUCUUUGAUGCUCAUCAGGACCUGCACUCAGAGGCCUGGUUCCUGUUCCUGACCACCUCUCGCUGGUUUGCUGUCCGCCUUGAUGGCAUCUGCUCCGUCUUUGUUACCAUCACUACAUUUGGCUGUCUGCUACUCAGAGACAAGCUUGAUGCGGGUGCUGUUGGUUUGGCUCUCAGCUACUCUGUCACACUAAUGGGCAUGUUCCAGUGGGGUGUCAGACAGAGUGCAGAGGUGGAGAACAUGAUGACAUCAGUGGAAAGAGUAGUAGAGUACACUAAACUGGAGAGUGAAGCACCCUGGGAAACCCAGAAGCGUCCUCCUCCUGAUUGGCCAAGUAAAGGCCUGGUGACCUUUGACCAGGUCAACUUCUCCUACAGUGCUGACGGACCUCAGGUGCUGCACAACCUGAAAGCCAUGUUUAGACCCCAAGAGAAGGUCGGUAUUGUGGGUAGAACAGGAGCUGGGAAAAGCUCUCUGGUCUCAGCUCUGUUCCGCCUGGCAGAGCCCCAGGGAAAGAUCUACAUCGACGGUCUUGUGACCUCUGAGAUCGGCCUCCAUGACCUGCGGCAGAAGAUGUCCAUCAUUCCUCAGGACCCAGUACUGUUUACGGGUUCCAUGAGAAAGAACCUGGAUCCAUUUAACCAACACACAGAUGAAGAACUGUGGAGUGCUCUGGAAGAGGUGCAGCUGAAGUCUGUGGUGGAGGAGCUGCCUGGAAAGUUGGAGACUGCCCUGGCUGAGUCGGGCUCCAACUUCAGUGUGGGCCAGAGGCAGCUGGUGUGUCUGGCACGAGCUAUCCUGAGGAAGAACCGCAUCCUCAUCAUUGAUGAGGCCACAGCCAAUGUGGACCCGAGGACCGAUGAGCUGAUCCAGAAAACCAUACGAGAUAAGUUCAGAGAAUGCACUGUGCUCACCAUCGCUCAUCGCCUCAACACCAUUGUGGACAGCGACCGUAUACUGGUUCUAGAUGCAGGGAAGAUCCAUGCGUAUGAUGAGCCGUACACCCUGCUGCAGGAUCCCACCAACAUUUUUUAUAAAAUGGUGCAGCAGACGGGCAAACAGGAGGCAGCAGCUCUUCUAGAGGCAGCUAAAAAGGCUUACGACAGCAGGAGCCGCCCCGGCCUGUCAAACGGACACGCAGUAACAGCAGACGGGAACUUGGUGAUCUUUGAGACCGCUCUGUAAGCUCAGGGAGGCACUGAAUUGCUUCUGCUCCUCCAGAAGAUUUCAGAAGGUGCCCCUCCAGUCUCUGGUGAAAGCACUGAUCCGCUGCUGGUGGCGAUGAGACUGGGAGGACGUGACCUGCACAGCAUUGAUUUGCUGGGCCUGAUGUGGCCACACAGUGCAGCUGUUUCCUCAAACUGACAGCCCAGAAAUCAGAGCUAUGAGAACUGUUGAUGUAGAGCACUACCUAUUUAUCUCUCACGUAUUAAAUUGCUGCUCAGUAUUCUGAUGCCUUGCACAAAUAGCUUUUACAUGGCUACAUAAUCCUUAAAAUCCCAAGUGCUUUAAUUUACUGAUGGAAGUGUAGCCAAAGUUGCCUUUGUAUUUGUAAAUCAAAGUGAUAUUGUUGUACA